AUGGAUUCCUUCUUUGGGAUUCCUGGAUCUUGUAAUGACCUAAAUGUCUUAUACCGUUCCCCAGUGUUCGAUGAGGUUCUGCAUGGUCGAGCUCCUCCGGUAAAUUUUACCGUUAACGGCCAUGAAUACAACAUGGCAUAUUACUUAGCCGACGGUAUUUAUCCGAAGUGGGCAACUUUUGUUCAGGGUAUCACAACCCCUCAACUUCAAAAAGAUAAAUUGUUCGCUGACCACCAGGCUGCUGCUCGAAAAGACGUUGAAAGAGCAUUCGGUGUUUUGCAAGCUCGAUUUGCAAUAAUACGAAAACCGUCACUGGCGUACGAUGAGGACAUACUGCGAGACAUAAUGAAAGCAUGUAUCAUUAUGCACAACAUGAUUGUUGAAGAUGAGCGCCACAACUACACUCGAGCCGAAGUUCUAAGAGCCUUCUACGAAGAAGAUCAACAAGAAUCAACACCAGCAUCAACAUCUACAACGCCACCGUUUGAAUUCAACGUAGGCCGACCUACCAACUUUGACUUCAACGCAUUUCUACAGCGAAAAGCUUCCCUCCGUGACAGAGAAAUUCAUCUAUCUCUGAAACGUGAUUUAGUCGAACAUAUUUGGCAACGAUACGGGCCCCGUAAUUAGGGAGAAAUUAGACGAUGUAGUUGUUGUGUUUUUUUUAUUUCCUAAGUUUAAUUGCGCAUGACGUUGCAAAUUAAUUGUUCUCUAAUAUUGUACCGCUUUUAAAAUAAAUAAAAAAUUAUGAGCUUUUUUUUACAAUUAUUUAUAAUAACAUAAAUAAUUUUACGAUAAAU